GGUAUUGUUUGUUACGGACUCUGAAACAGUGUCAGAUGCAGCGAGAGCUGCUGUUGGCUGCUGGGAAACAGCUGGUUUGGCACGGGAGGACGCAGAGCGAGCCGGCUCACUACUGCAGCAUCUGUGAGGUGGAGGUGUUCGACCUGCUGUUUGUGACCACCGAGAGCAACAGCAGGAAAACGUACGUGGUGCACUGCCAGGACUGCGCCCGCAGGGGGAGCACGAACCUGGACAACUUUGUGGUGCUAGAGCAGUACAAGAUAGAGGACCUCAUGCAGGUUUACGACCAGUUCACCCUCGCGAGUCCGCUGCCUUCCUCGUCUUGAUGGUAACACUGUUGUUCUGAGGACAGUCAGAAACCACGACGGACUCCAAUCGGAAAACUCUCCGGAAACCUCUUUUUGUUUAUUUUCUGAUAUUCAGGAAGAAAGCCGGCAGUCCUCAAACGGCGCUCUGUAGCUCUCCCAAACGGCAGCUGCGUGAAAAGCUGUGUGUCUAUGCAACCUGCUCAGAGAGGCGCGUCGCCCCCCGGUGGACUGGAGGGGGGCGGCGGCUCCUCCUGUCGUCACGACCAGACUGUUCUCCUGCUGGACUUCAACCACCGAACACGCAAAACCCCAUCAACAACAACAUGAAUUAACGUUUUGUACAUAUUAUGUUUUAACUGGCAACAUGGUCACACAAAGACUACUGACUGGAUUUCUUUUCCCAUUUUUGUCUUCUGUUUGUGGGUCGACACUAGAGCUUUGUCCCCCCGUCCCCCCCGUCCCCCCUCAUGAGACGAGUCAUUAGCAUAGCUGGUUUUUGUAUGUUAGGUAGACUCCUCCUCCUCGUCCUCGGUCAGGAAGAUUUAAAAAAAACAGAUUUGUAAUGUGAAAAGUUGAGUGACGCAUUCUUUGCAACAUUUCCCCAUUUUUAAAAAAAAUCAGCUGAUUUUGCUGGAACAAUGACGAUUAUUUCGGGGUGGGGGGGGAUCAUUUGUAGACAAACAGCCAAUUCACAGAGAAAAAGGGUUGCACAUAGACAAAAGAGUGAACUUUAAUUUGUUUUUUUUCUUUUUUUAUGUAAAUUUACACUAUUUAUAAAUGCAUAUUUAUUGCUUGAAAAUAUUUGUUGAUGGAAUGCUGUAAUUUUUUUUCCAGAGUACCUGCCAUCAAAUUUGAAGGAGCCGUGUGAUUUUAAGCUCGGCCCCUCGUACGUUUUCUAUAUAAAUAAAACUGCUUAGUAAGCGUUGUACAGAGACCUUCCCUUGAAUGGGUUUAUUGUUUGAAGGAUGUUUUAUGAGUCAAUAAACAAGAACUGUCUUUAUUUA